AUGUCGGCUGGUUUGAGCGAGGCGGCGACUCUCACUCACAACACCACUCGCAGCCGCAGUCGAAGCUGGAGCAAGGAAGCAAGCAACCGCCAGAACACGAGCAAUGGCCCUACCGUCCGUCCAAAAAGGUCGCGCCGGUUGCAGAAACGUCCAUCUUCCAAUGCCUUGACUGUUUCUUCCACCACUGGCCCGAUCGUGCCACCCGCUAUGGUCCAGCAGCAUCCUGACGAGAGCCUCACAGCCUUGCCUCAAUUACGCACCCAGGCGAUUCCCCAGCGCUCCUCGUCUCUUCGUAAACAACGGCUUCAGACCGCCGAGGGAGUAAGAGCCAUAUCUAAACCGUCCACUGAGCAACUCGGUGAACGGCCGCCGUCUGGCGACGCCCAGGACGCAGACCAGGAACCCGCCGCGGCGCACGACCAGAAACCUCCAUCACCUCCCACUACAUCUGCACGAGAUCAAUCCGGCCCUCACCAGCCUCCACGGACACCUCGUCACGUCCCAUUAGCACCGUUCGAUCCCUCACCUCUCAACCCUCUGUACCACAUUCCGUCUCCAAAGAUGUCCAACUUACCAUUCCGACCAGCAUCUUCUCCUUCGGCGUCCUCGUCUUCACCACCACAAACUCAGCCAUCUACCACUCCCACCGUUUCCAGCACACCCCAAACCAGCUCCCCUCACUACAACGGACAUACAAUACUCCCGCCGGGCUUUCGACCCGGCUCUUCAACGCACCAGACAGACGUCGAGACAGCCUGGCAGCCUGCGGUGACGCGGGAAGUCGUCAAGGAACACACCGUCGAGAUCGUGCAGGAACAAGUCACGCGCGAAAUCCACGUGCACCACUACUACACGCACAUCCAGCCCAUCCGGGCCGUCGAGGUUCUCCCCGCGCGCCACUUCAUCGUCGACCCCGCGACCGGCCAAAAGGUCGAGAUCCCGGCCCCUGAAGGCUGGGAGAUGCCCUCGGACAUGCAGCCGCGGAAACUGAAUCUUCCGGAGACGAACAUCCUCGAGCCAAUGUCCAGACACUAUCUCGUCGACGAGGAUCAUCCUGAAGGAACGCCUGAGCCGCCACCCCGUGACUUCCAGAGACGCAGUCAAUUGGAGCUCAACAAGAUCGCUAGGGCAAGCCAUACGGCGAAAUGGUCACCGUUUCCAAAGGUCGAUUGA